CACUAUUAAUCAAUUCUAAUCUUAAUCAUUAAUCUGUUUCUAAUAUUUCAUCAAUUAUCUAUUUAUUUUUAAUCAGGAUACAAACAGUAGCAGAAAUCAGGCUGUUUAAUGGGGCCUAGAAGCCGUAAAUCUGGUCAUAAAACUGGACAAUCAAAAGGUGGUCAUCAGUCUCAACAACAUCUAUCCCAACAACACCAUCCACAACAAUUGAAUACACAGUUGAAAUCUGGUUCAACAGGAGGUAAGGCUAAGAACAGUGAUGGAGGACCUCAACAUAUGCAACAACAUUUCAAAAGCCGAUCUGGCACUUUCAGCCUUCAACCAUCUACAGCUUUCAAGACUUUCCUCUCAGCUAGACUGUGUUAUGCCAUCUGGAGUAUAAUCACUGAUUGCGAUGAAACCUUCAAUUACUGGGAACCUAUUCAUUACUUAAUUCACGGAAAAGGUUUUCAAACUUGGGAAUAUUCCCCAGCCUAUGCCAUCAGAUCCUAUGCAUAUUUGUGGUUUUAUGCAUUGCCUGCGUCAUUUUAUACUCAUUUGCUUCCAGCAAACAAGAUUCUAGUCUUUUAUGGUACUCGGUGUUUCCUUGCGCUUUUCUGUUCCCUAUGUGAAACAUAUUUUUACAAGGGCAUUAUCCGUCAAUAUGGUCCUAAUGUUGGUCGGUUUGCCUUGAUUUUCAUGAUACUUUCUAGUGGGGUAUUCAUUUCAGCCACUGCUGUUUUGCCUAACACCUUCUCGAUGUAUAUGGUUUACAUAGUCAUUGGUGCAUGGUUACAGCAAAAUAACAAAAUAACGUUGUUAGGUUUGGCUGCGACAACACUCGUUGGAUGGCCUUUUUCUGCAAUCGCAUGCGCACCUAUUGGCUUGGAUUUGAUUGCUCCCAGAAAGAGAAGAUUCCAGGUUAUCAAAUGGAGUAUAAUUAUUGGACUAUCUGUGAUCUUACCUUUGAUUGCCAUCGAUUCUUAUUAUUAUGGGAAAAUAGUAAUUGCACCAGUCAACAUUGUUCUUUAUAAUGUUUUCACCUCUCAUGGAGCUAAUUUAUAUGGAACGGAACCUUGGUACUUCUAUGUACUAAACUGUUUGCUCAACUUUAACUUCGUCUUUAUUGCUGCUUUAUUUUCUGCUCCUCUAAUGUUUACUUGCAAAUAUCUCAUCAAGUCUCGAAGAGUAUCUGUAAACCUUUCACAUUGGAUUGUCCUUUCUUGCUUCAUUCUUUGGUUUACCGUAAUGACUGUUCAAGCACACAAAGAGGAACGAUUCCUUUUCCCAGUUUAUCCAUUUAUAUUUCUUCUUGCUGGCUUUACUUUUGAUCUUUUGAAUAGAAUUAUUCAAAGCUUGAUGCCAAAACUGACAACAAUCUAUUCCUUCUUUGUGAUUACUUUCAUAGUUGUAUUUUCAACUUUAUCAAUCUCUCGAUCCCUCGCCAUCUAUAAAGGUUACCAUGCUCCUUUGGACACUUUUAUGCAUCUAUCUCAAAUCGAUCAACAAUUGGGUGAAUCUAACAAUUUACCGACUCCAAUAAACGUUUGUGUCGGUAAAGAAUGGUACAGAUUUCCUAGCAGCUUUUUCCUUCCUUCAGACCGGUGGCAGCUGCAAUUUAUUCAAUCCGAUUUCCUUGGACAACUGCCUCAACCAUUCAAACAGGGACAUCUUUCCACUCGCCUUAUCCCAGAAAAUAUGAACGAUCUGAACAAAGAAGAACCUUCUCGUUAUAUUCCUGUGGACAAAUGUGCUUUCCUAGUUGACGCUGAUACACAUCGAGAAACACCAAGAGAACCAAGAUAUUCUCAAGACACGAAAAAUUGGUCAAUAAUUAAAUCGGAACUUUUACUAGACCAUGAAUCAUCACCAAACCUGUGGAGAUCCUUCUAUAUUCCCUUCUUAUUUUACGCAAAAAAUAAUUUCGUCAACUAUAACCUUCUUCAAAACAAUAAUAUUCGGCUAAAUUAAAGACUAAAAAUAUAUCCCAGGCACACCGAAAACAAGUAAACUUCUACGUCAGUGAUACUCAGUCACACUAACGAUCUCAAAGAUGCUCAGAUUUUGUCUUCUGUUCGCCCCUUUUACCAUCUUUGCUAUCUUUUUUUUUCAAAUUAUUAAUGUAAAUCUAUUUAUACUCUUAUUAAAAAAUCUUAGCUGACUUGAA